CUCUCUUCCCCCUCGAGCAAUAUAUCAUACGGUAAUCCACAAGAGGGGCGCAGGUGAACCUCUUUUUCACCGGCUCCACCUCUGCACCUCUGACUUGAAACCCUCCCUCCCCUCCAGACCACAUAUCCCCAUACGGGACCAUGCCCGGUUCUGCCACGUUAAAAGCGCACAACAUGACCAUGAACUCCGAACCAGGACUCCGCCCAACAAUCCGGCGAUUCUGGCAGCAAUCCUACGGCCCAGACUGGCUCUCCCUCCUCCUCCUCGCCCUAGCAAACCUCGCCGUCGGGCUGAUAGAGCCCUUCCAGCGCAUGUUCAGCCUCGAUGACCGCACACUGCAUUUCCCGCACGCGGAGCUGGAGCGCGUUCCCGUCCCCAUGCUCCUAGUGUACUCCAUUGCCCUCCCGACCCUCCUAAUCCUCCUCUCUACCCUAAUAAACCCGCACAAAACCGGCAAGCAGAAGCUCCACCAAAUGCACGUGUCCCUGCUAGGACUAGCGAUAUCCCUAAUGCUGACGACGUUUAUCACGGACACUGUCAAAAACGGCUAUGGCCGCCCUAGGCCCGACUUGGUUGCCAGGUGUAAGCCAAAGGAGGGCACGCCCGAGCACGAAUUGGUCGGCGUGGAGGUGUGCACCGAGCAGGAUUACCACACACUCUACGACGGGUUCAGGAGUUUUCCCAGUGGGCACAGUAGUUUCUCUUGGAGUGGUCUGGGGUUCUUGAGUCUAUUCUUCCUUGGCCAAACGCGCGCCCUCCGUCCUGGCAGCGACAUGUGUCGCGUGGUGAUAUCGGCCCUACCAUCACUGGGCGCACUCCUAAUCACGCUUUCCAGAACGGAAGACUAUAGACACGACAUUUACGAUGUUAGCACCGGCAGUCUGAUUGGUGCUUCGGUUACAUAUUGGAGCUAUGCACGUCCCCCCCCUUUCUACCUUUUGAUUGGCUAACGAUUGCGCAGCGAAGAUACUUCCCACCACUGACCUCCUCCUCAUGCAACUCCCCACUCCCACCCAGAGGGAAGGAAAACGAACCGACCUAUUCAAAGGCUGAGUUCGAGAUGGUUCCUACAAGGCCGUCGACGCCGGAUCUGGAGAUGGGACAGAGCGCCUGAGGCUAUCCCCCCUCCCGAUAGGAAGAUUAUAUGAGUUGUCCAUUUUUUUUCUGCGCUUCUUAUGCGUGGAUACCUGUCAUAUAAAUACCAUACAUUAGUUGGUUAUCA